AUGGCAGCGCCCGGGUCGUCGCCGGCCGAGAUGCUCUCUCAGCUGGAGGCGGCGCGCAAGCUAGCCCUCGGUGACCCGCAAGUCUACAGUCAAGUCGUACCGGGCGUGCUUCCCCUCAUCGGGCCUAACGCCGCUCUCGACGUGCGGCGAUGGGGUGCCGACUUCCUCGCCGAGUGCUUCGCCAGCCCGGCGUUGCCAAAUGCGCAGAAAGAGUCGCUGGUCGCCGACGUGCUGCCUGCGCUGCGCGCCUACUUGGAGAAUCCGGCCGAGGAUCAAGCUGUCUUGCGGAGUGCCGUGCAGGCGGCGGCUAGUCUAUAUCCGUUGGUUUUCAGAAGAAUUUCCUCACAUCCUGAUCAAGCGCCGGUAUGGCAGACGAUGAUGGCCAUUAAGUUCAACAUCUUGGGCCGUAUGGAUAGCGCUCCUGUCUCGAUAAAGAUAUGCUGUGUCAAGUUCCUACAAAAGCUAGUUCAGGUUCAGACGCCAGGUGUAAUAGCCGAUCCGAGAAGACCAGACCAGAACGAGACAUCUCUUGCUAUCGUACCACGCCAACACCCACUUCUUCCCCUGCCGAACCUCGAGGCCGAAGGCGCAGGUCUACUAGAUCGAUUGCUGAGUGUCUUCCAAGACCCGUCAAUGGAUCCGAUCAUGGUCGAUGCGACUCUGAAUUGCCUGGCCGUGCUGAUUAGGACUCGCCCGCCAGUGGCUAACAAAAUACUUUCGGCGAUCCUGAAUUUCAAUCCCUUCCGGUCGGCAUCUACAACCAUGACUCCACGACUACAUGUCAUCUAUCGAUCUAUGGAGCGGACGACCUUUGCACUCCUGAAAUUUGUCCUCAAGGCAGUGCCGAACCAUGCAAUGAGCGAGAAGAUCCAGCACUAUAUGUACCGCCUGCAGCAGCAGCGGGUACAGUUCUUUACUGGUACACAAGGAGUCAAGAGGCCGGCUGAAGCAAUGGAUGGGACGGAAGAUGCGAAGCGACAACGGAUAGCAGGGCCACAGAUCUUCCCACCUAUGCCACCUCCGCCCAAUAGUGUUGCUCAAUUGUUCACUCUCACCGAAGACACCAUGCUACACCAGUUCGACGUAAAGCUACUGCCUGCCGAUAUCGUUAGCAAUGUUGUGUUCCUGCUUAUGCAGAUGGCCGAGCCCGGUAAGAUGGAGCCCGCACUCGAGGCUGUCAGAGACCGAUAUGAGCGUCUCAAGAAAGCCAGCCAGCCAACGCGUGUUCCUGAUGUUCCCAUGGCAGGCCCGACUGGCAUCGACGACGAAGAUGACUAUGAGCCAGACUUCCCCCUCGGCCCCGAAACUACGGCCGUUCCAACAACUGAGAAGGCACUCGAGCAACUGGCUCAGCCGGCCAUUGACCUCGGACCUUUUGAGCUACCGAAACCGCCUCCCAUGACCGAAGCUGAGGUAUCUGCUCUGUCAGAUCAGACGGUCAAGCACGUCUUUUCCCUUGUCGCUGGAUACGAACCAUUUGCGACAAGCACUACUCGACAGAAACUAGGCUUCAAUCGCCUCGCCGCUUCAGCCAACGAUCGUGAUGCUUGGAUCACCAUUCUAGCCCGGCUUGCCACACGAACUCCUGCUUCUAUCGAUGAGUAUGACGAGACCGACAAGGGCGAUCUAGCAGCCGCGAAUGGUGUUAUGGUCAAGACCGAGGCUCGACGACCCUCCGCCCUCGCCAUGCGGAUUCGCGAGCACCUCUUUCUCUACGUCCUGGACGACUUCCGACCUCGGCUGCCAAUCGCCAUCUCCUGGCUCUCCGAAGAAUGGUACGCCGACAAGAUCGCCGCCAAAGCCUCGCCCGACAACGCUCUCCUGGCCUCCCUACCGAAUUACACCCAAUACUCCGAGCGCCUCCUCGACAAACUGGUCCAGUACCUCGACGCACGAGACCAGAAGCUCCUGAUCCGCUUCCUCAGCGAGAUACCCUCGGUGACGCGCGGCAUCCUCGGCUGCGUCAAGGGCCUGGCGCGCGACCCAGAGCGUGUGGGCAUGUUCGUCAUGGCCAUGCAGUACCUGCUCAUGUUCCGCCCGCCCGCCAAGGAGCUGGUGCUCGAUACCCUGCACGAGGUCUGGACGGAGGGCGAUCCCCAGACGAAAGGCGCGGUCAGUAAAGUGUUGAUGAGGUGGAGGCCCGAGGCGUUGAGGGACGGGAUAGCGGGGAGUCUGAAGAAAGAGAGGGAAGGAGAUGUGAAACGCGAGGUGAAUGGAUACGAUGGCGCUGUGGAGGGGGAGGGAGAAGUGAAGAAGGAUACGGCUCACGGAGGGGGGAUCAAGAGCGAGCUUCCUGUUGGAGGCGAGUAG